UCUCUAUUUCCAUAUAUAUUAUAAUUCUCUUUGGUGACUAGUCUGUGCCUUGUGGCGACUGAUGGAGGACUCUUGUUCGCAGUGCGUCAAUAGUUUUAAAUAUUCCUGAAACUAUUUAUUUAUACAAUGAUGUCUAAUAAGCGACUGGUUGCGACGUGCGCCAUAGCUUUUUGCUGCAAUGUGGCUUUACUAGUUCUGUUCGUGAAAUAUAAUGGUGGCACAAGAUAUCACAUCAAUAUCGACAAACACCAAGAGGUAAAAAUUUUUAUUCCCGAUAAUUUUCUGAGUAUCGGCAUUGACACUUCUGAAAUUCAAGACUAUGACAAAAUAGAUUUUAAGAAGCAACGGCUUAGAGAUCUGGCGAGUGCACUGGCCCCCGCACGACUUCGUCUAGGGGGUACCAUGUCUGAGCGACUUAUUUUCAGUAAAAAUGAUGCUACUGUUUCUUGCGACGUUUGCGUCAAAAAUUCUUCCACAAGCUCUGUAUGUUCAUCCGUAAACAUACUUUGUAAGCAGAAAUUCUUACCUUUUUUUAUUAUGACUGGAGAUAAAUGGACACAAAUAAACGAAUUUUGUGAAAAAUGUAAUUUAACAUUGCUCUUCACCUUUAAUGCAUUGCUUCGCGAUCAACAUGGUUGGAAUGAAAAAAACGCUAAAGAACUUUUGGAAUAUUCCAAACAUAAACAUUUUAAAAUCGAUUGGCAGCUGGGUAAUGAGCCCAAUUCGUUCCAACAUGUAUUUGGCACUACAAUUAAACCGCAUGCUCUGGGACAUGAUUUUGAAAAGUUACGAAAACUUCUUAACCACAAUGGAUAUAAGCACUCUCUACUGGUUGGCCCAGAUACAACUCGUCCUCAGCCAUCAUGUCACAAUUGUCUUCAAUAUAUGCUGGAGUUUUUGGGAAAUGCUUCUCACCAUAUAAAUGUGAGAUCUUGGCAUCAAUACUAUCUUAAUAGUAGAACAGCUAAGUUGGAGGACUUUUGGAAUCCAGAUACAUUUGAUCUGUUGAAAGAGCAAAUAGAGACUAUGAAGAAUCAUACUAUGAAAUACAAUAAAAUACCUAUGUGGUUAACAGAGACUAGCAGCUCAUACGGAGGUGGUGCUCCAGGAUUGUCAAACUCUUAUGCAGGAAGUCCUCUCUGGAUUGACAAAUUAGGCCUUUCAGCUACAUACAAUAUCACAACUGUUAUAAGACAAAGUUUGAUUGGUGGCAACUAUAGCUUGCUUGAUGAUGAACUAGAACCCCUGCCAGAUUGGUGGUUGAGUGUUUUGUACAAAAGGCUUGUAGGAAAUGAAGUAUUAAAGGUUACCAGUGAUUGUACCCGCUCCCAGAGGUUGUAUGCCCAUUGCACAAAUAAAAAAUACAUGAAAGGAGCUGUAACUUUAUUUGCUAUCAAUCUAAAAAUGGCUAAAGUACGGUUUCUUCUUAAUGGCACUGCUUUGCAUGGAAAAAACUUGCAUAUUGAUGAGUACAUAAUAAGCACUCCAUCGAACAAUAGAAGAUCAAAAACUGUUUUGUUAAAUGGUUGGCCAUUAUAUUAUGAAUCAUCAUUACCUAAUUUACAACCUAGACAUCUGAAAUAUGGACGGGACAUUGCAAUGCCUCCUUACUCAAUUGGCUUUUGGGUUAUAAAAAACACUACUAUAAAGGCAUGCCAGUAAGUAGUACUUUAUUUACUUGAGGCAUUUAUCAGGAAAACUCUGUUCCAAUUUUGUGAACAUUUUUAUUGUACUUAACAUUCCAAUGAGAUGUUUUUCUAACCUGUCUGCCAUCUUAAGAUCUGUUCAGUUUAUAAUGUAGUUUCUUAAGUAGACUUUAACUAAACAUAAUGAUUAUCAUUUUCUCAGUUAUUUGAGUAAAUGUCUUGAGGAAAAUUCUAGUAUAUUAGUUUGUAAAGAAACAGAUAUGUUAUAUAGACUGCUUUAAAUUGAGGUUGUGGUUGACUUUUUGUAUUGCAUUGUUUGGAUCAACAACAUGUAUAACAAAAUUACGGAGCACACCUGACUUCUGCAAAUAUUUUGCAGUAAACAUAAUGAAUAAUAAAUGGAUGAGUAUUUCACAAAAUAAAUGUACAUAACAAAAUAUUUUUUGUUAGAAAUAUGAUUAUUUCUGUCUCUGUUUUUUUAGUUUGUUUUUAUACUUUAUGUAUCUCAUAUGGGGAGUAAAAUAUGAUAUUAUAAUAAUGCAUCUGAUCCUACAAUAAUAAUUAUUUGUGAUUGAGAUGAGAGGCCAAAAUGUAUUUACUUUCAUAUUUAUCUCCCUUUAUACCUACUGUAUGGUUGAUAUAUGGUAUAAAAGGCCAGCUGGAGUUUAGUGUUAACACACACCCAGUCUUUUCAACCUGCUGGAGAGUAAUUUCCUGUAAUACCCUUGUUGCCAUUGGGGAAUAAGUUAAAACCAGCCAUCAUUGAGCAUACAAAGGUUACAGUUUGCAACAAUACAAGUUAGUUAUAUACUUUGUUGGUAUAAUGACAUAUUUGUUUUAUAACCAUCUUUGUGUUUAUAGAAUAGUUCUAUGAAAAUAUAAUUUAUUCUAUUUUUGCUACAGUUACCUAGUGAAUAGACAAUACUUAAAUAUAUUGAUUGUAUAUAUAAAACUAAAAUCUAUGCAAAAGUUGUUAUUAUGCUCACAUAUAAAUAAUUCAUAUCUAAUGUUAUAGCUGAAUCCAAAUUGUAUAAUUAUGAAGUAUUUGGAAUAAAGAAACAUGAACAUAAAAUAAAUCUAGAAUAAUUUUGGUAAUAUACAACAAAAAAAUAGCAUUGCCAAAGAACAUAAUAUGUGUUACAGAUGUUAGAAUUGUAUAAUUUUUUAACCAUUUUGUGGAAUUGGGAAAUAUUAUAUUGUAAUUUAAUUUGGCAAGUUUUAGAAUAAUAUGUAUUCUGCCUUUUGCUACUCAAAAAUGUUUAUUUUUUAUAUAGAAACAGCACAAAAUAUUUGUAGGUGAUGUUUCGAGAUUUGGAUGUGAAUUAGACUACAGAUUUUUCUAAAAUGUUGGACAUGGGAAGACAAUUUUAUAAUAGCAUAUGAAUAUUAUUUAGGAUUUUUUGAGUACAAUAUUAAAAUAGGAAUGAGAUGAACAUUUACAAAGCUUUACAUGAUAAUUAUUUAAUUGUUUUCAUGAUUUUGAAACAUAAUAUUGUGGAGAUUAUAGAAAAAUAUUGGGACACCACUUUGAUUUACUGUAAUCAUUUAAAUGUACUUACAAGUAAUUAUUGACCAAAAUGACAGAUCUGUAGAAAAUGGAUAACAGUAUUGAUAGAUGUUUGUUUAUAUUUAUGAGCUUGAGCAACAGUCAAGGAGAUGUAUCUUGACUUUGAACCACAUAAUUAAAUUCAUGAUAAGGAACCAACAAAUGCAGUAACUAGCUAUGCAAUCAAUAUAAUGUCUUUUAUAUAUAGUUAAAACAGAAAAUUUGUUACAUUAAGAAAUUUGUAUACAGUCCUAUUAUUUAGUAUUCAGUGCCUUUGCCCUAGUGAUUAUAUUAGGUAUACUGACUAGAUCAGCUGGAUAAACAUGUGGAAGGAAAAUAAAGUGCCGAAAAUAAUUGUAACAAAAUUAAUUAAAGUACAGAUGCCAAUAAAUAAAUUUAAGUGGCUAGAUUUAGUAUUCAACUGACAGUAGGUGUUGCUUACAUCAUGAUCAUAAGUGGAACAAUGAGUAGCAUGAUGUGUCUACAGUGUAGUCUACAGAAUAAAUGAGUUUAGAGUAAGUUAUGUAAUAUUAUGUUAACUAUUCAAUGUAAAGAAUAAUUUCUAGUAGCUAAUUGUUCAUUUGUUUUCAUGUUAUUUCCACUUUAUAAACAGCAGCACUCAUGAUGCUCGAGAAACUAAAUCUAGCUACUGUGGCGAACAUCUAUAGAUAUUGUAAAAAUGUAUGUUACCUUGAUUAUAUUUAGGUAUUAAGGAAUGUAUUUAGUUUUUUACAUUGUACUUUAAUCAUUAUAUACUUCUUACGUACCUACUUGCUGCAAUACUUCUAGAUCUCUGAUACCUCCUGUAGUUAAACAAGUAGUCAUUAAUUUUAUGUUAAUUUAGUUUUAAUAACAUUAGUUUUUAAUUUUAUAAUUACCACAAACAUUGCUUUUUGUUCCUGGAAUAUUCUAAUAGGGAUUAAAUGUCUUAAAGCUUGCAAUAGUACUUAGUGAAUAUAUGUAUGUAUUUAGUGAAUAUAUGUAUGGAUUAUAGAUUUAAGCUUUUACAUAGCUUUUGAUAUUUGAAAGAGUUGGUAAUUAUGGUAUAUGAUACAGUAACAGUUUUUCUACUUUAUAUAAGCGCAGACUUACAAAAUUAAUACGCCUUGUAACGAAACAAAAUUAACAGUACUAAUUAUAAUUAUUAAGUAUGUUACAGGCAUCUUGAUCAGGGGCCAUUAAAGAUUUAAAUUUAUGUAAUUAAAUUUCUUAAUGCCUAACUUCCGACACCUGAUUUUUAUGACGACAAACCCAGUCUGAUACUCGUAUUCACAGACAAUACUAUGAGGAUGCACAGUGUGCCCGAACGCAGUGACGGCAUUUUUAUAGUUUUCUUUGGCAGUCAAGUUUUAUACAAAGUAUUUUUUUUAUUCUAAAGAGAGCAGGUUUACUUGUUUUUACGGCCUGCAGUUAUUAUGGAGCAGCCUUUACUGCCUCAUCUUUAAAUUUUAUAUAACAUAUUAUGUAAUGUUAAGAGUCUACUUUAAAGGGAGGGAUUUAAUUCUUACACAUUUGUGCCAUUAGUAUAUACCUAAUAUAUUAUAUAACUUGCAAAUACGGCUAUUUUUAUGAUAUGAAAUGACACCACACAGCCAACACAUUUGAGUGAAUUUCUUAAAUAACUAUGUAACCUACAUUAGCUUCAAAGGAACUAAUAAGGAGAACAAGUCAAUUCUGAUUGUCGUUGAUAGAAUGUGUUAAAAGUACUUAGCUACUAUUGACAUCAAUAUUGUCAAUUUUCCUUGGAAUAAGUGCACAAUUGAUGGACAAUCAAACGUUCACAUGAUGCAGUUUAUAUUAGGUAUAACACAUGCGUUUGUUCUUAGUUCGCACCGCCAGAACUAAAUGUAAAGAAUAUAUAAAUAUCUAUUGCAUAUGUUAUGAUGUCUAUAAAAAUAUUUACAAGGACUUUUGUAAGCAAGCUUUUAUUUAAUGAAUAUGCGGUGCCUAAGUGUAAGACUGAUUAGAUUUACGUCGAUAAUUUGUUUUUCUAAACUAAUGGGACGACAUCUUUCUACUCUUAUUGAUCAUAUUAUAAAGAUUAUAUUUCUUUAACAUUUGGAUGAUUAUUUUUUAUAAGCGAGUUAAUUUUAGAGUAUAUUUAUUCAGUUAGAUUAAAUUUUUCAAGGUUGGCUCGCCUCUCUAUUUGCCAGGCGAUUUAUUUACAAAUAACGUCAUCGUAUUUGUGCGUGUAAAUGAGUAUAAAAUAUUUACAUUCAAGUAUACCUACUUAAAUAAAAUUGAUUAAAAAUAUAGUGAAAAUACUCAUUCAACGCCUUCUGUUUAGCCAAUGCAUAUUACCUAUAUAAAAUAUUCACUUUUCCUACAAAGGUACUUAUAAUAAAUACCCAUAUUUAAAACAAUAAAAGGAUUACUAUUUAGCAAUUUCUACGUAUCGUACGUUGUAUCAGUGUUUUAAAUAUUUAGCCCGUAAAAAUAGAACUUUUUUUAAAAUGUUUUCUUAUUUACUUAAGUGCGAAUUUAAUUUUUCUUCAAACGAUUUAAUGACGAUCGCAUCAAUCCAGUAUUAAAAGUUAUUGUUCAUUAAUAAAAAUACUUCGUUACUUCUUAAUGCUACUGUUGAUUAUAAUGAAUGUUUGUCCAUGAGUAUAUAUCCAAGCCAAUUAAAGCUGCGUGUAUGACAAGCUCGUGUCGCUUCGUUUAUUCGACUGAAUAUCAAUCGGAUCACGUGUCUUGAAAAAAAUAAUUGGCAAUUUUCUUGGAAUCGAUAGAGGGCAGAUAGAUAUAGCUUUGCUUUAAAAACGUAUUCCCAAACCUUUUUCGCAUUUUUACUACCAAUUGUUAUAAUAUUCUUUCAAGGUGGAAGUACUAAUAUAACUUCUCGUUCUGGGAAUAUGGUAGGUAUGUACGUAGAAUUGUUAUUGCGCAAAUUGUUUAUUGCAUUAGCAAUGUGUUAAUUGUUAAAAUAUUGAAUACGCAACAUGUACCAUAUGUGUAUCUCGCCACUAAGUAACGAGGCCUUAUUUUGUGCUUGUACCGUAUAAUUAUGUACUUACUAAAUUUAUAAUAAAUAUUGCUAACUUUAACAAAGUUUUUUAACAA